AUGCCGUCGCCCUUGAACCCGUUCUUGGCCGCCUUCUUCAGGAGCGCCUUGCCCUCCCAGUGCACACCCAUCAGCAACCAUAUUCUGCUUGUUCCUACGACCGAAGUGCUCCUAACCUGCCGCGAUGUCGAAACUGGCUUCGGCUUUACGGAGCUUCCGAACCCUGAAGAAUUUCUUGCCAGCCAUGUCAUCCGGAUGCCCAAUGCUCGUGUGGCUGCUGCGGCAGCCAACGCAGCUGGUGGAAAGGAUGGCGUGGUCAAUCUCCGGGAGAUACGCGGAAAGGCCAAGCCCUAUGGGACGUUCAACGGUCGCAGUGUUGUCAUCAAAGACAACAUGGUAUACAGCAACAAGGGAUUCAAAACCCUCAACCAUGCCAUUUUGCUGGGUGACGCCAUAUGGUACUCCGACGCGCUCGAGCCCAAACCUUGGCUGAUCUACUACUUGUCUCGCCCACUCAUCGGAUCCUGGGAAGAGGUCAAAAUCACACCUGCUAUUCUUCCUCUGCCACGGUUGGAAAAUGCGAGUAAUGGCAUCAACGGUAUCUCUUCGACCGGCACGCGCGAUACAGCCGGCGCAUCCGGCUCUUUCUCACCCAAGUCUCCAGAGCAGUCACGAGCAAAACAACAUGCUGAUGACUCUGGUUCGAUACCGCGCAAAAAAGAUAUCAAGAGCUUCCAUGAUCUAUUGAACCACUUCCCCAUAAUUGCACGUCAAAUGCAGCCGGGUCUCGAUAAAAUUUUUAGAGAAUUUACUGCAGCUUUCGAACAUCGUCUGCCACCACCACCGACGGAAAAUCCAACAACACCGGCGAAGACUAGCUAUGAUAGCAACGGCGCUGCGGACAAUAGCAAGAGUGGGCCAGCAGGUGCUGAAGGUAGCAGAACGAGCAAUUCGGCAAGUGAUGCCAACAGCUCCAAAAGUGUCAACAGCAGCGAUGACCAAGACUCAGAGGUUUUGUUCUCAGAAGAUGAUGAGCUUGCCAUGCGGGCAUCGUUGGAGUCAGCGAUAACAACAGCGAUAGACAUUUUCCAAGGCGUCGACAAGCAGCAGCUGUCACUGCUCGGUGCAACAACAGACUUGACUGGUCCAUUGGUAGAGCGCUUGAUUGAGCGCUACGUCGUCGAGAAUGUUCACCAUCUCAUUUUCCCACGUUUGAGUUCUCUCAAGCGACAAGAAGACUUAGAACUCGAGGCCAAAAUCCGUCAGAUGGACUGUGUGGACAUAACGCAGCUGGGUAUGGAUAUCGAAGGUGGUUCACGAAAGAAACACGAGGUCACCAUUGCUCUUGGCCGGGCUGUGGAGGAAUUUCGUAAAAUGGGCGCAGCUAUGUGCCCACAGGACAUGUUGGCGUUGUUACUGUCUACGGUCAAACUGGUCACCCAUUUGACGAACCUGCCUGACGAUCGGGACAGCGGCGGCCAGCCUGGUGCAGCGUCAAUGUCUGCCCCUGGCCAAGCGGAAAAGCCUCUCUUGACGGUCAAUGCGGACACGCUCGUCUCAUUGCUUCUGUACGUGGUGAUCCGAGCACAGCUGCGACAUCUCCUCGCACGGUUCCUCUACAUGCGGCAUUUCAUUUUCAUCGACGAUGUUGACAGUGGUGAGAUGGGGUACGCACUGAGUACCUUUGAAGCCGUUCUGCUCUAUCUGGUACGCGACUCCAGUGGUUUACGACGCGUGAGCCGAAGGAACAAGGCAUUGUGGGAAGCGACUGUUAAGGGAAAUCUCACGGAGCUGAAAGCGAUAAUGGAACCUGGUUCAAAAGCUAUUGAUGAAGACGCCGUAUAUGACAAAAACAGAGAAAGACCGAACUUCGGAAAUGGCGGCUCGCGACGACCGUCUAGUAGCGGAUGGCCGCCGUCUGUGAGCGGGAUCAGUUUUUCUAGCGGACUCCCUUCUGGUUCAUCGGCAUCAUCACGCCGGUCCUCUAUCAUCCUGUCUGAGGCUGAGUCUUUCUCAACUGGAACAGGCCUCAGCCAUGUGUUUCCCUUUCAGUCCAACGCCGACAACGAUUUCGAGGUGGACGGCUUCCCACAUUUUCCUGUGAAGCGAGUCAAAAUGGCAGCCAUGGACACUCGCAGCUUGUCCAGUAGCUCCGAGAUUUCGUAUCGAUCCCGGGCGACUAGUGUUGCAAGCACGAUGGGAAGCGGAGUUGAAGGCGAUACAUCAGUGGAGCGCCUCGCACAGACACACAACUCCUUUGGAGAGUCGUUACUCAUGAUGGCAGUGCAAAACGAGCGACUCGAGGCGCUCGAAUACUUGCUCACCUUGGAGGAGUAUUUCCACCCCAGCUUCGUGUUAGGCGAUGUCAACCACGAGGAAACAACGGUUUUGAGUGCGGCAGUGCAACUCGGUAACAAAGACCUGAUCUUGGUUGUGAUCCAGUUUCUGGUCAACUCGGCCGAAGUAGACCAGGCCCGCCUCACUGCGUACUUCAAAUUGCAGGAUAUCUGGGGUCGCAGUGUGGCACACUACCUCUUCCAUGCACCAUUUUUAAUAUCGAAGUUCGGCAAGAUGAUGCCGUGGCGGCAGAAGGAUAAGAAUGGCCAGACACCCCUCUUUGCACUCUGCCGGUCGUAUGACCAUGCCUCUUACCACGCCAUGGUAGAUGAAGGGUUAUAUAUGGCAGCGUCGAUACAGACAGAUGGUGGUCGGCUGCAUGUGGACGACCAUGUGGAUGGGAAAGGAAAUACACUACUACAUAUCGUCAACGAUCCACAACUGGCGGUGCGAAUCCUACAGCGGUGCGACGUGGAUGUGAACGCUGUCAAUGACCGCCGUUUCACGCCGUUAAUGGUAGCUAGCAAGUACGGACGCUUUGACAUGGUGCGAACGCUGUUUUCCGACCCACGCGUGGACUUGGGAGCUAAGGAGCUUCGUGGCCUUACUGCUGUGGAGCUUGCUAAAGACGACGAUGUUCGGAACAAGAUUGACGACCUGACUCUACUGUCUUUACCAUCAGAAUUGGAUGGGCGGACAACGGCGGCGGUUCGGUCCUACUUUGUUGAGGACGCAAGCGUGCGGUUUGUGCUCAAAUCGGGUGCGGCCGUGAGCCCUGUCAGCUAUGCUGUCACGACUUGCCGGCGGUCCUUGACAGACUUUGAACACUUGACCAAGCUCCUGGCAAUUGAAAAUCCAGCAUCGUGGAUUCCAUCUGUCGCCGGCCUCCGGUCCCCGUUCCAGAUCCCGUCAAAGCCAAGCAGAGCGACUCUCAAAGACCUUCAGGUACGGAUGGAUUGGUUUCUCCGGAUGAUGCUGUUGCAUCCGACCUUUUCGACACAUGAGAUGAUGUGGGAGUUUGUCCUUGUACCGGACAUUCAGCCGGACAUGAUGGCGCAGAGGAGCAAGCUCAAGGCAGAGACGCGGUCAGAGAAAGUACGGGAUGAACUGGAACCGCUGAAAGAUGUCCGCGAGGUGGAGCAGUUUGUGGACCACGCACGUGAACUGGUGCGCAGUGUUAACUACUCAACCAAAAGCGUGAUGCGGCGAACAAACACCCUGAAAAUCGCAACUACAGAUCUUCACGAUGCAGCGGCUUUGAUGGCCAGGGAGGUGAUCAUGCUGGAAUUUCUUCCACCAGGCUACAAAGAGGCCACGGCAAUUUACGUGCAAGCAUUGGCGGUGCCACAGACCAACGCUCAUGGGAUGUUUCAGGCAGCGUUUCUGGCUAUCCAGUCAACAGUGGAUGCUAUACUCGUGGCACUUGAACGGCCACCACGGCUGAUCAACCUAAUUAACACAACGCGAAAGCAGAUGGAGCGGAAUUACCAGUCGGUGAACCGGUCGACAAGAUGGCCGCUCGGGUUGCUGGACGAUGCACGGCAGCGACUUAAUGAGGAACGAGAGGUUCGUGCGCAACAGAGUCGCACGGAGUGCGAGAACCUGUCCAAGGAACUCCGCUAUACACAGCAAACAGUGGCCCAGGAGCUGGCUGGCUGGCAAGACAUACACGAACGGGUGGGACGGCGCGCAAUACGCGAGCUGGCACACAAAAUGACUUUCAGCUACGUGGUCACAUGA